AUGAAUACAAUUGAUGCAUCACGGAUUCAACAGAAAAUUAAAGAUCUUCAAAUAUUAAUUGAAGAUAUUCCAACAGAUGAUCCUUCUAAUGAUGCUAGUCGUCUUCUUGAUUUCUUAUCAAGGAAUGGUGGUUUCCAAGUUGCUUUUAAUAAGCUCAAGCAAUUAGACUUAGCUAAUGUAUCUACAGAUAAACACAUUGAACUUUUAUCAGGAUUCUUACUCAGUGCAAAUAAUAUUACACAAGUUAACGAAAUUCAUGAUAUAUUCAUGAAAUACCUAAGCGAAAAAGAUUUAUUCGUAAAUAUGAUGGAUAAUUCAAUCUAUACAAAUCAACUUUUGCAAGAUUUUAUGAAAUCAUCUGAAAAACUCGAUUUAAUGCUAGAAUGCAUACAAAAUUUGGAAUCACUUAACCAACGUCAAAGAUAUAUUCGUCAAAUUGCUUUUCGUUUUGCUUCAUUAAGACAUGAAACGCAAAAAUGCCUUAAAAUUCUUUACUCUGUUUACCCAGCUCGUUCACAUGAUGAUUUUCUCGAAUUUUCUGCAUAUGCAACCUCAAUUACAUCACUUAUUUCUCAAGAUCAAAACUUUGUUCGUGAAUUAUUUGAAUACGUCAUGAAUUUAGCAGCAAUACUUUCUGGAUUCAUGCGUGAUUGGCUUAUAAACUUCGCAUCAUCCUUUGCACCGCUAUUAAAACUCAAAUCAGUUCAUCCUGCGAUUUUAGAUUUUGUCAAAUUACAAAAGAUGCCACUUUCUACAAUCCAUCACUUCGAAUCAUCUACAGGAGGCUUAUACAACAAAGAAUUAAGCCUUUCGGAAGCUCCUUCCCUUUCCAGACCUUAUUCAUUGUACAAAGAGUGGUUUGUUGACAUCAAAAACCUGAAUGAGGCCAAAUCCCCAGAAAGAGUUUACAAUACAAUACUCCAUUUCUGCCAAACCAAUCCAUAUGACGCUCCAAAAAUAUUAUCUCAGCUUCCUCCUGUUGUUUCUCUACCGUUUUACACCCUGAUAGUUGACAAACAACCAGAAGCAUUCCGUAAUGCUGUAGAAAAGGCUUUUUCAUCAGGAAAUAUCGAUAUUGCAUUAAAUGUUCUUGAAAAUGUUGCUAGAGUUAAUCCAAGACUCAUCAAACCACACUUUUCUUCAAUAUCUAAGCUCGGAUUCUCAAGAUGCCAUACAUUAGUUUCAUUAUUAAUAAGAGCAGAUAUUAUUGAGUUCAAAAAACUCUUUAUUCACAUUCAUCAAGCCGAGGAAGAAAAGAUAAGAGAUAUUAUACGCGAAGGUAUCCUCCAAAUGCAAAAACGUCCUAAGACAAGAGAAAAUAUCUCGUUUGUUCUUCAAGUUUUCACUAAUUUCUACUCUGGAGCAUCCGGACAGAUAAACUGGGCUGCUGUUGCCGAUGCAUAUCCAGGAGAUAUGGACAUCGCUCAGUGCAUGCUCUUAACUCAGGAAGAUCAAACCGAAAAAAGUGACACGAGGAACUUCACCGCUCCUCUUCUUCAGUGGCGACAGUCAUUUCUUAAUUUUAUCAGGAGAUGUCCAUCAACAAUGCGUCCCUUAUCAGCAAUACCAUAUCUCCUUGUUGCUUCUACACUACCAGAGCAUGAUGAGCUGGAGAUUCACAGUUUUUCAUCGCUUUUACCACAAUCACGCAGUAAUGCUGAAGAAAUCAUUGAACAAAUUGCUAUAUUCGAGUUAACAAGGUCAGUAAUUAAAGGAAAUCACUCACAACUGGAUGCACUGGCGAAAUUAAAAAUAAUGUUCGACUUCGAUGACAAGAAAGUUACUUCCUAUUCAUCAGUAUUUGCUCAUUGUGCAGUCUGUAUCGAGAUUGGAGCUCACGAUUCCUUAGAUUCAAUAGUUUCCGCAAUGAAUUCCACUUCUUCGGUCAUUAAAAAAGCCGCAAGCAGAGCAAUUACAAUUCUCAACACAUUCCAGUUCGAACCAGCUAAACAAUACGCUAAAAAUGAUGAAGAUACAAAUCUGACUGUCAAAUUUUUGUCACUUUUGUCAACAAUCGGUUCCACAUCCAAUUAUGUUCCACAAGAUUCAGACAGCAAGAAAUACUUAGAAAUGAUCAAAACAAUUAACGGUUUUGUCAAUGACGAUUUGACAAAAAAUUGCCAACAAAAAAUUUUUGCCGAUGUAAACAUGAUUUGUGACAAUUUCAUGUUACUUAGUUUAUCAUCAUAUAUUUUGCUUCCUUCCAGGCAAGUAUCGAAGAUCUCAUCCGAUAAAAUCAUUUCCAUGCUUGUUUCAAAUUCAUCGGAACACAAACAGAGGGAAUUCGCUCUCCUCGCGAUCUCUCAGAUGCCGACGGCUCCGGAGUUCGAUUAUUUCGCUCUUUUCGACAAAUAUCCGGAACUGUCAAAAAGUGUCAUGUCCGUUGCAGUUAGAAACAACAAUAAUCUUCUGAUAAACCACAUACUCCAGAAAUCAGACGAUUAUUCGACCAUUUUUGCUGUCAAACCGCUCAUCACUUACAUAGACCAAGAUUUAGUUUUGGAGUUCAUUAAAAGAAAUGCUCCAAAAAGUGACAUACAAACAUUAUUGUUAUCGUCCGAUGUUUACUCAAAUCCAAAACAUAUAAUUGAAGUAUGCGGCCAAAUAAGGAAAAGUGACAUAACCGAUUAUGUAAACACGACAUAUGGUGAACGAUUAAAGAACAGUUUGAUGCGGUUGAAGAACGAAGAAAUCGAGCAAUACAUUUACUCUGAUUUCGAUGAUUUCGCGUUGAUCGUAAGUCAUUUAAUGAAUCUCUCAAUUUCAAACAUUUGUUGGAAGAUCGUUAGUUCUGAAAAAGUGACAUUUAAAUGUAUUGUCAAUUUUGCAUUCAGUCGGAAGAAGCAGUUAUUUACUAUUAUAGAAGGAUUGUUUGCUAUAUUGAACAAAGCGACUGUUUCACAAGUUGGCAAAUGCAUUUGUUAUUUGUCUGUUUUCUUGUUGGUGAGAGAGAACAAUCAGCCUUUCAGAGCAAUUAAGGAGACUUUGGAUUCAAACAGAGAUAUCUUUGAUGAGAAAUCAAUUGUUCUCCUUCUCCCUGCUUUGAUUGCAAAUUGUUCAGAUAUAAGAAUUGAACAUACAUCUGUUUUCCAGAGAAUAACAACUGAAAAGUAUACUAAUGUAAUUGACGAAAUAAUCAAUGCAAGUAAAUUAAGUAAAUAA